ACAAAUUUGUCAUAUUUAUAAAGGAAAAUAAAAGUUGUGGUAUUUUUGAAGAUAAUUAAAAAAAACAUUGUCUCUAAAAAAAUUGGUUAGGAUGUUCAAUCCAGAUUUCGAUUCAACUACAACAUUUGUUUAAAUGUCAUAUCUCUUUGUCACGCUUUUGGAGUUGGCAGCUACAAAUGGUUUUGUGAUUAAAAUUGUUUGUGGAAUUUGGAAGAGGUGUGUGCCCAAAAUGAAACACUCUCCUGAAAGAAAGGUCUACAAACAAACUAGCAAAGUCACGCAAAGCAAAUGAAAUACUCUAACGAACCUAAGAUCCCGCAGCAUCCAAUCCUCACAUCCUCUUUGUGCCUCCUUUCGCCUCAAUUAUAUAACCAGCACCAACCAAAGAUAUCUCUUCACACACACAUACACACUCAGCUCCAUGGAAACUCUUUUUCUUGUAGCUGUUCUACUUCUGGCUCUCUCCUCUUCCUCUUUCACACGAGGCCAGAGAAUCAUACAGAUUCCACCACCACGUCCAUUAUGCGUCUCUCAAUACGCUCUGGCUAACUACGCCUGCUCACGUGUCCCAGUUACCACUGUCCUACCUUCUUCCCCCACUGUCCCACCUUCUCCGCAUAUCGAUCCUCCUCCUCCUCCUCACCAUGACCAUGAUGAUGACCAUGACCACCGUCGCCAUAAUGAUGAUCAUGACCACCACGACCAUGAUGAUGAUGACCAUGACCACGACCAUGACGAUGACGAUGACCACGACCAUGAUGAUGAUGAUGACCACGACCAUGACGAUGAUGAUGACCACGACCACGAUCAUGAUGACGAUGAUGACCACCAUGAUGAUGAUGAUGACCACGAUCAUGAUGACGAUGAUGACCACCAUGAUGAUGAUGAUGACCACGAUCAUGAUGACGAUGACCACCAUGAUGAUGAUGACCACGACCACGAUGGUGACCAUGAUCAUGAUCACGACGAUGACCAUGAUUACGAUGACCACGACCACCAUCACCGACACGGAGAUGAGACGUAUGCUCAACAAGAUUGCUGCAAAUGGUUGAGGCAAAUAGACAACGAGUGCGUGUGCGACCUUCUGGUUACGCUUCCGCCAUUGCUAUCAAAACCUGCUCAUAACUAUACAGUCUUUGUGGAUGAUUCAUGCAUCGUCACAUUCACCUGUGGAGGCAGACUUCUAAACUAAUUGUCUCGUGUCUCUCUCCUUGAAAGACACUUUUUUUUUAUCUUAGAUGUACUACGUUUGUUUUAUUUCACGCCCUUGAGCUCAACUGUUGUAUGCUCACACUUGACCAGACAAAAGUCAACCAAACUAAAAAAGUAAGCGGAUUAUCGUUGCGUGAGUUACACUGAA